GGGAACGAACCCCUGACCAUCCUCCCUCUGACCUCAGAAAUGGAGGAAGCUGCCGUCAAAGCCCACUACAAAGUCUGUGACCGCCUGAAGCUGGAGAAGAAGCAGCGCAGGAUGUGCCGGCGGGACCCUGGUGUGGCCGAGACCCUGAUGGAGGCGAUCAGCAUGAGCGCGCUGGAGUGCCAGUACCAGUUUCGCUUCGAGCGCUGGAACUGCACCCUCGAGGGUCGCUACCGGGCCAGCUUGCUGAAGAGAGGUUUUAAGGAGACAGCCUUCCUGUACGCUAUCUCCUCCGCGGGGUUGACACAUGCCAUGGCCAAGGCGUGCAGCGCGGGGCGGAUGGAGCGUUGCACCUGCGACGAGGCCCCCGACCUGGAGAACCGUGAGGCUUGGCAGUGGGGCGGCUGCGGCGACAACCUGAAGUACAGCAACAAGUUUGUCAAGGAGUUCCUGGGGAGGAAGCCCAACAAGGACCUGCGAGCCAGGGUGGACUUCCACAAUAAUCUUGUGGGCAUGAAGGUCAUCAAAGCUGGAGUGGAGACAACCUGUAAAUGCCACGGUGUAUCCGGAUCCUGUACUGUCCGAACGUGCUGGAGGCAGCUCUCUCCAUUCCAUGAAAUAGGGAAGCAGCUAAAACAAAAGUACGAGACAUCGCUCAAAGUGGGCAGCACUACCAACGAGGCCACGGGGGAAGGAGACAUCUCCCCACCCAAGAAGUCCAUCCCUGGUCACAGUGAUCAAAUCCCAAGGACUACAGAUCUUGUCUACAUUGACGAUUCCCCGAGCUUCUGUAUGAUGAGUAGAUACUCUCCUGGGACUUCGGGAAGGAAAUGUUACAAAGACAAGAACUGUGACAGCAUCUGCUGCGGGCGAGGGCACAAUACCCAGAGCCGGGUGGUCACCCGCCCGUGCCAGUGCCAGGUCCGUUGGUGCUGCUAUGUGGAAUGCAAGCAGUGCACCCAGAGAGAAGAGGUUUACACCUGCAAAGACUGA